AUGCUUCUCGAGGCCGCCUCUCGAGAAGCAGAAGACGACCAUUCCAAGACAGGAUUCUUUUCCCCAAACAUUCCUGUUCAUCAACAUGUGGUAGUCUGGUCUGAGUACAAAAAGAAUUGCGAACUCUGCAAAGUGUUGUGGGUGAAGCAUGCAUUGAAGAGACUGCUGAAGUUUAGAUCUUUGAAGGGAGAAUCUACUUUUGAUCUCCGGGUGAAAAGCUCUGCCAACGGAUGGCAAGAUGUGCCUGUGGUUAGGCUGCAUGUCAGUGGGCAGGGGGAUCCAAAUGAGAAGAACGCGCAAGAGUAUGAGUUGCGAUUUCUUGAGCAGGAUCACUUUGCUGAAUAUCCAAAAGAUUACUUGAAGGUUCGACCUCUACUGUUGAAAGAAUUGUCGUCUUACUCCGGAUCUCCAGAAUGCUUGUCUUUGGUGAGGAGUUGGUACGAGACCUGCACGACCUCUCAACACUUGACUUGUGUUCGACAAAGAACCACACUUCCAUGCCUGCCUACGCGAGUAAUAGACGUUGGGAUCGAAGACGCGAAUCCUUCGUUAUGCAUCACGGAAGGUGCUCCCGGCUCCUGGCUAGCUCUAAGUUAUUGCUGGGGCUCCUCAUCAAAUUUUGUGCUCAACAAAGGAAGCUUUGAAAGAUUCAAGGCAGGAUUGCCAUUAUCUGAAUUCCCACAGACCAUCCGUGAUGCCAUCACGAUUACGCGAGCUCUCAAGGAAAGAUUUCUCUGGGUAGAUGCUUUGUGUAUUCUCCAAGAUUCCGCUGAGGAUUGGCAGCGGGAAUCUGGGAAAAUGGCAGAGGUUUAUUCAAAGGCUUCCUUGACUAUCAUCGCAGCAGCAGAUGCCUCAUCUGGUGUCACGACUGGGAUCUUUCAUCAACGUAAGAUCUCUCCUUGUGCUAGGGUACCGUGGAAUGAGGAAGAUGCAACCCGAAAAGACUUCGAGAUCGUGAACUGGAACAACGAGAUUGGAGAUGAGCAAUCUCGUGUGGCUGAAAUCGAGAUAUGUAUCAGAGCAGCCGAAAGGCCAGCGGGUCACAUACUGCUCAACAACGGCCCAAAGCCCAAAAGCUCUCCAUGGGCAACUCGGGCCUGGACAUUGCAAGAGCAACUACUCUCAUGGCGAACACUCACUUUUGCGACCUCUCAAAUGCUAUGGUCUUGUCCAUGCUACAACCACGGUGAGGAUGGCAAGAUGAUUAGAGAAGACAAAAAAGAAGAUCUACCCAAUAUGUUGGAAGAUGAGAACAUCGAAAGUCACAUCCCUGCGCAACGACGAUAUGUAAAGUGGUACCGAGUCGUCACUGUAUACAGCAGUCGGAACCUGACAUACAAUUCGGACAAGAUCGUUGCAAUUGCCAGUGUGGCAAAGCGUAUGAACCAACUUUUCAGGGACGAAUACUGUGUAGGUCUCUGGCGCAAAGACUUGUGUGCUGGUCUUUGCUGGCGACUUUGGGAGCCGGAGCAUAAACGCAAGGUUGUACCGACAAUCUCAGACAGCUAUCCAUCGUGGUCAUGGAUCAGUGUCAAUGGUGGUAUUCGGUAUGAUAUGGAGUAUAUUGAGGAGUAUGCUGCACCUUUCAAUCCUAUGCUUCAUGUCGAAGACUUCAAAUUGACUUAUGUAUCCGACAAUCCUUACGGACAGGUUGAGGGAGCGCAGCUUAUCGUCUCGGGACCUUGUCUCUCGUUUAGAUAUAAAGAUCAGGAUAGAGAACGAGAAGAGCAGGGCAUUCAGACAAAGUUCCCCCGUUUCAUCGAAAGACGAAUUGAAGCCGAUGAAGAAUUUCAAAGACGUCGACGACCAGAUGCAAACCCGGAAUUGGCUAUACUUCUUAUAGCCAAUGCAUCUUACGGCUACAAAGGAAGUGAUUUGCUAAACCCGUGGUUCCCCAGCAACAACUUUCCUCACGUAUAUUAUCUUCUCGUGCUUGAGCCAGUUGAGGGUUGUUCGGUGGAAGUAUCGCUACAAGCGCCAUCUCAGUGUUUUCGUCGCGUCGCAUUCAUUCAUCUCGAGUUGGGCAACGUAUUUAAGUCGAUGGAGAGGCAUAAUCAGGAAGAGGAUAUUGAGAUUGCAAAAGAGAUGAGAGCGCAGCCUUGGCCGGUGAGGAUGGUCACGCUGGUGUGA